CCACUCUAUUCCAACUUCACUGUUUCCUUCUCUUCUUCUCCCUCAUCUCUUACAAUAUCUCCCUCCAAUUCUAAGCAAUCAUCUUCUUUUCUCUCUUCCCACCUUUCUUUCUUAUUACCAGAUUUUUCCACCAUCCUUCUAACAACACAGUAGUAACAAACUUCCCUUGUUUUUCCUUUCCCUUCCAAAUUCUGAUCUUAUCUUCUGUUGCUGCCAUGGCAGUCGCAGAGCUUUCACCUUCAUAUCAAACUCGUCUUCUUAAACCAUCCCAGCUUUCGUCGUUGUCGUCUCGCUUAUCGAAUCACCGUAAAUUUAAAUUAAAUCUUCAGUGCCGUCCCCAAACAUCAAGGAGUACUGGGAUUUGUUGCUCCGUUGCUCCAAAUGAAAUUCAAGCUCCCGUUGCUGUUCCUACUGGAGAGCAGAGCACCAAGCCUGAGUGCUAUGGAGUUUUCUGCUUGACUUAUGAUUUAAAAAAGGAGGAGACGACUAAGUCAUGGAAAAAAAUGAUCACUAUUGCCAUUUCAGGUGCAGCUGGAACGAUAUCAAACCAUCUCUUGUUCAAACUUGCUUCUGGUGUUGUUUUCGGACCUGAUCAACCAAUUGCCCUGAAAUUGCUAGGAUCUGAAAGGUCAUUUGAAGCUUUAGAAGGAGUAGCUAUGGAACUUGAGGAUUCAUUAUACCCAUUGCUGAGAGAGGUUAGCAUUGGUAUUGAUCCUUAUGAGGUGUUCCAAGAUGCUGAAUGGGCUCUUCUGAUUGGAGCGAAGCCUCGUGGGCCUGGUAUGGAACGAGCUGACUUAUUGGACAUAAAUGGAAAGAUUUAUGCAGAGCAAGGAAAAGCACUCAAUGCUGUAGCAUCACGUAAUGUCAAAGUUAUUGUGGUUGGAAAUCCUUGCAAUACCAAUGCUCUGAUCUGUUUGAAAAAUGCUCCAAAUAUACCUGCAAAGAAUUUCCAUGCCCUGACUAGAUUAGAUGAAAACCGAGCAAAAUGUCAGCUGGCUCUGAAAGCUGGUGUCUUCUAUGACAAAGUAUCUAAUAUGACCAUUUGGGGAAACCACUCAACGACUCAGGUUCCAGAUUUCCUAAAUGCCAGAAUUGAUGGAUUUCCAGUUAAAGAGGUCAUAAAGGACCAAAAGUGGUUAGAAGAAGAGUUCACUGAUAUAGUUCGAAAGAGAGGUGGAGUCCUAAUCAAGAAAUGGGGUAGAUCUUCUGCAGCAUCAACUGCGGUGUCAAUUGUUGAUGCCAUAAAAUCUCUCAUAACCCCAACUCCACCGGGUGACUGGUUUUCUUCUGGGGUUUACACUAACGGAAAUCCUUAUGGUAUAGCUGAGGGUCUUGUUUUCAGUAUGCCUUGCAGAUCAAAGGGAGAUGGUGAUUAUGAGCUUGUGAAGGAUGUGAUAUUUGAUGAUUAUCUUCGUAAGCGAAUAAAAUUGUCUGAAGAGGAAUUGUUGGCUGAAAAGAGAUGCACAGCACACCUUACUGGAGAGGGCAUUGCUGUUUGUGAUCUUCCCGCAGGAGACACGAUGCUUCCCGGAGAAAUGUAAAUCUAGUGUAAUCCAACAUUAGCCGCCAUCAUCAUCAUCCGCUUCGGUGAAUGACCAUAGACAUUGUAGAGGAAUUAUAUCAUGUAACAUCAUCCGCUCCAGUGAACGACCAUAAACAUUGUAGAGGAGGUUCAUCAUGUAAUAAUCAGAUAUUUACGGAAAAUUACUUCAGCAUUGAUGCAAUAUUAGGAAUAAUCUGUUUUGGGGAUGAGCAUAGAACCAUUUGUCUUGCUUCUUGUCAUCAUUUAUGAUCAAGAAGCAAGAAAAACAAGGAUCUCGGUCGAUAAGAUUUUUACAUUAUGUUCGAUAUAGAUUGUUUGGAGUUAGUAGUUUCAUGUACUGUAUGGCUUUAACUAUGGUCAGUAAAAAUCUAUAACCAACACUAAAUUGUUGACAUCA